GCUCUGCCCACAAAUCACACAAUCAAACAAACCGACUUCUCGUCUUCUCAUGCCUCUCCCUCCUAAAAAAAAACCCUAAUUUUUAUCUGCACUCAUCAUGGACAAGAUUCAUCAACCACCACCACCGCCGAUGGCGACGAAGGUAUGGAGGACCAACGUCGAUAAGGAGAUGGAUCGUAUGAAGACCUGUCUCGAGACGUUCCCACUCAUCGCAUUCGACACAGAGUACCCUGGCAUUGUUUUCCGGACUUUCAUCGAUUCAUCCAACGAAGAAUGGUACGUAGCCUUGAAAGGUAACGUCGAGAACACGAAGCUGAUCCAGUGUGGUUUCACUCUUUUCAACGCCAAGGGAGAGAUCGGUGGCACUUGGGAGUUUAACUUCUCCAAUUUCGGCGAUCCAUCCGACACACGCAACGAGGUUUCGAUCGAGUUCUUGAGGAGACACGGUCUUGAUUUGCAAAAGAUUCGAGACCACGGUAUUGAUAUGUACGGCUACGGAUUCUUCCCCAAGCUUAUCGCCAUGUUUCAAUCCCAGGAACACGUUGAGUUCAUCACGUUUCAAGGAGCUUACGAUUUCGCCUACUUCCUCUGUAUCCUCAACAACGGCAAACUACCUGACACUCGCGGAGAGUUUGCAUCGGAGAUUGUGAAGGUCUUUGGUCAGGUUUAUGACACUAAGGUCAUGGCUGGAUACUGCGAAGGGCUCGGUGACCACCUGGGGCUAAGUAAAUUGGCUCAGCUACUCGACAUCACUCGUGUGGGAAGAGCACAUCACGCUGGUUCCGACAGCUUAAUGACUGCACUUGUCUUCACCAAGCUCAAACAAGUCUAUGAAGAGUCCAUGUAUGCUAGAGGAUUGAUCUACGGUACUGGAAAGAGAAUGCUCCAAACCUCCCCUGCCCCUGCCCCUGCCCCUCCUGCCCCUGCGCCGGCGUCCCUUAUUCCUUUUAUGUGUCACCAGAAUCUAGCUUCAUAUCCUAUGUUCCAUGAUGGUUAUGUCUCAAACUACGAUGUACCUUCGCAUUGCUUCAUCGAUGAAUGUGGUCAAACAUGGUUACUCAACCAGAUUGGUGUGUAUGUGCCGCUUAACUAUCAUCCACUUUCAAGCACAGUUACAUACCCGUCUCAGACAGCACCUGCAGUUGAGUACCUUGGACCGCUUCCGAAUUAUUACAAUAAGAAUGCUUGCUACGUAGUUGAGUAGAUUGAGUUUUCCUGCUUUAGGAUGAUUAGAUGCAUUUGACAUUUUUCUUUUUCUUUUUUGGCUUUUCGUAGUAGUAAUGAAGGAUUUAUUUUAUAUAUUUAUCGAUUGUUUACAUGGCUUACUCUAUCAGCUGAGUAAUGCCUGUCUGCAAUUCGUGAUAUAUAAAAGACCAAACUAUUUUACAUAUCUUUCUUCCAUCUUGAAUUUUCUUUCA